AGAGGGACAGUGAGGCAUAGAGUGUCUCCUCGAGAUACCAUGGAAAAGUAUCAGAUUUUGCAAGAGUUGAGUCCUGGGGCCUUGGGAGUGAACCUGGUGGUGGAGGAAAUGGAAACUGACACCAAGUACCUGGUAAAACAGGUGGAGUGUAUUGAUGAGCAUCAUGCCAACGAGGCCCUGGAGGAGCUGAUGCCCCUGCUGAAGCUCCAGCACCCCAACAUCUCUCUGUACCAUGAGAUGUUCAUCAUGUGGAACAGUGAGAUCUCCUCUCUGUUCCUCUGCCUGGUAAUGGACUAUACCACCCAAGGAACCUUCCAGACUAUCAUGGAAAGUAAGAGGAAGAUGAACGAGAAUAUUGACUCCGAGUGGAUGCAUACCAUGCUGAGCCAGGUGUUGGAUGCGGUGGAGUACCUACACCAGCUGAACAUCGUUCAUAGGAACCUGAAGCCUUCCAACAUCGCCCUUAUCAAUGACAACUACUGUAAACUGCAGGACUUGAGCUCCCAGGCACUGAUGACCCAUGAAGCCAAGUGGAAUGUCCGAGCAGAAGAAGACCCCUGCCAGAAGUCCUGGAUGGCCCCCGAAGCUCUCAAAUUCUCCUUCACCUGCAAAUCUGACAUCUGGUCCCUGGGCUGCAUCAUUCUAGACAUGGCCACUUGCUCCUUCUUGAAUGACACAGAAGCCAUGAAUCUGAGGAAGGGCAUCCGCCAUCACCCAGGCUGCCUGAAGCCCAUCCUGAAGACCAUGGAGGAGAAGCAGAUCCCUGGAGCAGAGAUCUUCUGUUUGCUUCUGCCCUUCAUGCUGCACAUUAGACCCUCAGAUCGACUAGCCAUCAAGGAUGUGAUCCGAAUCACCUUCAUGAGCACCUCCUUCAGAAACUCCUGUGUUGCUCUGAACAUGCACCGGCAGGCGGUUCCCAUUUUCAUCACUGAUGUGCUACUAGAAGGCAACAUGGCCAACAUCUUAGAUGUCAUGCAGAAUUUCUCUACCCGACCAGAGGUCCAGCUCAGGGCCCUUAACAAGCUUCUGACAAUGCCAGAGGAAGAUCUAGACCUGCCAUGGCCCACAGAGCUGGUGGAGGAGUUGAUCAGCAUUAUGAAACAGCACGCGAGGAUCCUGGACAUUCUGAUCAGCACCUGCUCCCUGCUGCUGCGUAUUCUGGGCCAAGCACUGGCACAAGACUCGGAAGCAGAGAUCCCGAGGGGCAGUUUUAUCAUCUCUUUCCUGAUGAAUGCCUUGAGGAGCUACCCCAACUCUGAGAGGCUUAUCAUAUUGGUCUACAACCUGCUCAGUAUCAUCUCCAGCCAAGGGCUGCUCUCUGAAGAGCUGGAGGAAGAGGGGUUGUUUCAGACUGCCCACGAGCAACUGUACCACUUCCAGGAGGACAGGGACAUCUGCCUCGCUAUCCUAAGCCUGCUCUGGUCCCUUCUGAUAGAUGCUGCUACUGUGGACAAAGAGCCCUUGCAGAAGUUCUCAGCUGUGGUCAUCUCGGUGCUGGCCAAGCAUCCUGAGGAUGUCGAAAUAGCUGAGGCUGGCUGUGCAGUGCUCUGGCUGCUGUCAUUGAUGGGCUGCAUAAAGGAGAGUCAGUUUGAGAAGGUGGUAGAGCUGUUUCUGAGAAGCAUCCAGCUGUGCCCUGACAGAGUACUGCUGGUGAACAAUGUUUGUCGUGGCCUGGCCAGCCUCGCAAAGGUAUCUGAACUGGUGGCCUUCAAAGUGGCAGUACUGGAAGAGGGCAGCAGCGGCCUCUACCUCCUCCAAGAUAUCUACGAGCUCUACAAGGACGACCCUGAGGUGGUUGAGAACCUCUGCAUGCUGCUGGCCCACCUGGCUUCCUACAAGGAGAUCCUGCCAGAGCUGGAGUCCGGAGGCAUCAAGGACCUAGUGCAGGUGAUCCGGGGACGUUUUACUUCUAGCCUGGAGCUGAUUUCUUAUGCUGACAUAGUACUUCAGGCACUAGAAGCGGCUGCACACCCCAACCCCCAGGAGCAGCAGCUUGAACCUGCUUCAGAGCCGGAAGCCAAGGUCUCCGCCCCACCUCAGGAUCCUAUCUUCCACCCCUGAA